UCUAAGGUUCCAAGGUUGAGAUGACUGCGUAGACCCACUCUUAUGAUUCGAGAAAGAAAGUAUAUAACUCCUGUCAAGGAGCUUGUUAACCUAGCUGCUACUAGGUAGAUAGAUAGGUACACAGUCUGUUUAUGCAGUAGGCGUGUGAUCACUUAAUUCCCCUCAUCAAGCAACACACAACGUAAAACCUAUCUAAGUCCUUUUCUAAGCAGCCCUUCCUCAAAGCCCACAAUGUCCCCACCAGUCUGGCUCAUCACCGGCGCCUCCCACGGCUUCGGGCUGCUCCUCUGCCUCAAGGCUCUCGGAGCAGGCCACCGCGUAGUCGGCUCCGUGCGCAGCCGGGCCAAGGCCAGCGCGGCCGUCCAGCAGAUCGAGGCGGCGGGGGGCAAGGUGAUAGAGCUGGACCUGGCGGAGUCCAAGGCGAGCAUCGACGAGAAAGUUAAAGGGGUGGGCCAGAUCGACUACCUGGUCAACAAUGCUGGGUUUUUCGUCAUGGGGGCCGUGGAGCAGUUUAGCGAAAAAGAAGCAACCCUCCAAUUCCAAACUAACUUCUUCGGGCCCCUCUUCGUCCUCCAAGCCGCUUUACCCGGCAUGCGCGCACGGCGCACGGGAACCAUCGUGAACCUCAGCAGUGUCGCGGCAAAAGACCCACAGGCGACAUCAGCUCUGUACUCCGCGAGCAAAGGGGCCAUAGAAUCCUUAUCCGACGGGCUCGCCAAAGAAGUAGCCCCCUUCAACAUCAGCGUGCUCGUCGUCGAGCCCGGCGCGUUCCGCACCAACUUCCUCGCGGCGCUGAACCGGUGCGAGGCGCCGCUGCCGCCGGACUACGCGGGCACGCCCGCCGACCAGCUGAUGGGGGUGUACGUGAGCCAGGACGGGAAGCAGGUGGGUGACCCUCAGAAGGGGGUCGACCGCAUCUUCGAGGCCGUGGUGGGCGAGGGGGUGGCGGGGCACUUGAAGGGGAAGGUGACGCGGCUGGUGCUGGGCCGGGACUCCCUGGAGCGGAUGAGGAGGGCCACCGGCAAGUUCCUUGAGGACUUGGCGCUGGGGGAGGAGGUGGCUACUAGUACAGCUUAUGAGUAGGUGUGUCGAAGUGAUGUUGGGGAGUUGUGGGUUACGUUCAAUUAAUAGUAGGUACCACAUUGGAAAUAAAGGGGGGGAAGAUGAGG